AACUCACUGACCCUCCUUUUUUAUUAUUUGUUUGCUAAGCAAUGUGUGCAGCUUCCUGCAACUAGAAAUUUACAGUUAGCAAAAGCUGCUGCUGAUCUGCAUCUUCCAAAGGCACUUCACAGAGACACAGCUAGCUCUCAAAUGCAUCUGUAUGUGUUUGGAUAUAAGCAUGCACACAAGGCUCCCCACAUCCUAUGGGGAAAUGAGAUUUUAACCUCGAAGUAAAUUGCAGAAGAAAAAGGGGAUUGUCAUAGGGCAGGAGUAUCCUGUCAUGCAGAUGGUCAGCAGGAACCAGCCCAGAAUCUACUGGAUUCACAACUGAGCAGAGUGAAAGCAGAGAUGGAGGAGAUAGCCAGAGGAGGCUGCAGCAGGAAGGAAGCUGUGGCCUGGAAGCUCCUUGGCCCCUGCCUGGCUAUUUCUCAUGCUUUGGGUUGGUUUGUUGGCUCAGAGGAAAGGCUAAAGGGUUAAGCUGAUUGCCCCAGAGAUGCCGCACGUGAAGGGCAAACAAUGACAGAGAAAAAGUGCUGUUCUUUCAGCUGACUCAGCUCCAGAGGUCCCUGCCCUGGCUGCUACCUGCUGGCCCAGCUCAGCACUGCCAGCCCUGACGAAUCACAUGCAGUUGUGCUGGGAGAGGAGAAAAAAAGAGACUGCUCAGCUCAGAUUUCACUAGUUUGCUUUUUUCCUUAUCAGAGGCAAAGUCUUAAAGGCCUAGAAUGCUUCAGCAGCACCCUACCAGCUGUGAUUAACCCUACUGCUGCCACCUCCUGUGUACAGGUAAAAUGAACAUUCAGGAGUAUUUCUCAAGAAUUUCUUUUGAUGGCUCCCAUAAGGAUGCAGACUUGCAAACCUUAACAGCCAUCUUCCAGCAUCACAUCCAGGCGAUUCCUUUUGAAAACCUCAGCAUGCAUUGCGGAGAGACCAUUGACCUGGAUUUGCAAUCUACUUACAAUAAAAUAGUGAAAAAGAAACGUGGUGGAUGGUGCAUGGAAACAAACUACCUUUUAUUUUGGGCUUUGAAAGAAAUGGGGUAUGACAUCUGUGUGCUCGGAGGAAAUAGUUAUGACCCAGCAAAGAAGGCAUACAUUGAUCAAAUAAAUCACAUCCUACUGAAGGUUGUGAUCAAGGGAAGUUCCUACAUAGUAGAUGCUGGUUUUGGUGGUGGUCCCUACCAAACAUGGCUGCCGAUGUUGCUGAUUUCUGGGAAGGAUCAGCCCCAGAUUCCUGGCAUCUUCCGCUUCACAGAAGACAGUGGCAUCUGGUACUUGGAGAAAGUCAAGAGGAAACAUUAUGUUCCAGAGGGAAGUGCUCCUUUCUCUGAUACUCCAGAAAUGGGCAAUAUCAGAAAACUAUAUUCAUUCACUCUUGAGCCAAAACAUAUAGAUGACUUCCAGGAGCUAAACACAUACCUACAAGUGUGUCCGGAUACCAUACUUCAGAAGAAGUCCAUCUGCAGCCUCCAGACCACUGAAGGGUUUUAUGCCCUGGUUGGAUGGACCUUCUCUGAGAUGAAGUACAAGUACAAGGAGGACACAGACCUGCUGCAGACCACAACCCUGACAGAUGAAGAGAUUGCAGAGACACUGAAAGAAAAAUUCAACAUAGUAUUAGAGAACAAAUUGAUUCCAGUUAAUGUUCGUGGCUUGCCACCUAAUCUGGUAGAUUCCAUAUAAUUCA